UCCGACUUCCAACAUGGCGCACGCUGGCGGCGGAGGCGGCCCCGCGGGCCGGGGGCUGAGCGGCGCCCGUUGGGGUCGCUCGGGUUCCGCGGGCCACGAGAAGCUGCCAGUGCAUGUGGAGGACGCCCUCACCUACCUGGACCAGGUGAAAAUCCGCUUUGGCAGCGACCCUGCCACUUACAACGGCUUCCUGGAGAUUAUGAAGGAAUUCAAAAGCCAGAGCAUCGAUACUCCUGGAGUCAUCCGACGAGUCUCACAGCUCUUCCAUGAACACCCUGACCUCAUCGUUGGAUUCAACGCUUUCCUUCCCCUUGGCUACAGAAUCGACAUUCCCAAGAAUGGCAAGUUAAACAUACAAUCGCCUCUCUCCAGCCAGGAGAAUUCGCACAACCACAGCGACUGUGCUGAGAAUUUCAAACAACAGCUGCUGUACAAGGAGGACAAGCCCCAGGUGCCCCUGGAGUCAGAUUCUGUGGAGUUCAACAACGCCAUCAGCUACGUGAACAAGAUUAAGACCCGCUUCCUGGACCACCCUGAGAUCUACAGGUCAUUCCUAGAGAUACUGCAUACAUACCAGAAGGAGCAGCUAAGCACGAAGGGCCGGCCCUUCCGAGGCAUGUCUGAAGAGGAGGUGUUCACCGAGGUGGCAAACCUCUUUCGGGGCCAGGAGGACCUGCUCUCGGAGUUUGGGCAGUUCCUGCCGGAAGCCAAGCGGUCCCUGUUCACAGGAAAUGGGCCCUGCGAAAUGAACACUGUCCAGAAGAGUGAACAUGAGAAGAACCUGGAACACAGCAAAAAGCGCUCCCGGCCCUCGCUCCUCCGACCUGUGUCAGCACCGGCCAAGAAGAAAAUGAAGCUGCGUGGUACCAAAGACCUGUCCAUCGCUGCCGUGGGGAAGUAUGGGACCCUGCAGGAGUUCUCCUUCUUUGACAAGGUACGCAGGGUCCUAAAGAGCCAGGAGGUCUAUGAAAACUUUCUCCGCUGCAUCGCCCUCUUCAACCAGGAGCUUGUGUCCGGCUCUGAGCUCCUCCAGCUCGUCAGCCCGUUUUUAGGGAAAUUUCCAGAACUCUUUGCACAAUUCAAGUCCUUCCUGGGAGUGAAAGAGCUAUCAUUCGCCCCGCCCAUGAGCGACAGAUCUGGGGAUGGAAUAAGCCGGGAAAUCGACUACUCAUCUUGCAAGCGCAUUGGAUCCAGCUACCGGGCGCUCCCCAAAACCUACCAGCAGCCCAAGUGCAGUGGGAGGACGGCCAUCUGCAAAGAGGUGCUGAAUGACACCUGGGUCUCCUUCCCCUCCUGGUCGGAGGACUCUACCUUCGUCAGCUCCAAGAAGACACCCUAUGAGGAGCAGCUGCACCGCUGUGAGGACGAGCGUUUUGAGUUAGACGUCGUCCUGGAGACCAACCUGGCCACAAUUCGGGUGUUGGAGAGCGUGCAGAAGAAGCUCUCCCGAAUGGCACCGGAAGACCAGGACAAGUUCCGGCUGGACGACUGUCUAGGGGGCACGUCCGAAGUGAUCCAGCGUCGUGCCAUCCAUCGGAUCUAUGGGGACAAGGCCCCUGAGAUCAUCGAGAGCCUCAAGAAAAACCCUGUCACUGCUGUCCCCGUCGUCCUCAAAAGGCUGAAGGCCAAGGAAGAGGAGUGGCGGGAGGCCCAGCAGGGUUUUAACAAGAUUUGGCGGGAGCAGUACGAGAAGGCAUACCUCAAGUCCCUGGACCACCAGGCUGUGAACUUCAAGCAGAACGACACCAAGGCCCUUCGCUCCAAGAGCUUGCUCAACGAGAUCGAGAGUGUCUACGAUGAGCACCAGGAGCAGCACUCAGAGGGCCGCAGCGCCCCCUCCAGCGAGCCACACCUUAUCUUCGUGUAUGAGGACAGGCAGAUCCUGGAGGAUGCAGCCGCGCUCAUCAGCUACUACGUGAAGCGGCAGCCGGCCAUCCAGAAGGAGGACCAGGGCACCAUCCACCAGCUGGUGCACCAGUUCGUGCCCAGCCUCUUCUUCUCCCAGCAGCUGGACCUAGGGGCGUCUGAGGACUCUGCUGACGAGGGCCGGGGGAGCCCCCAGGGGCAGAGCGGGGACCCUGGCGACCGGAAGAAGCCGGUGCCUGGGCCACAGAGCAGCCCCUCAGAGGAGAAGGGGGCCUCCGGCGAGGGUUCUGCCCCUGAGCAGCAGCAGCAGCAGCAGCAGCAGCCGCCGCCUCCUCCUCCACCGCUGCCACCGCCGCCGCCGCCGCCACCACCACCACCACCACCACCUCACAAGCCCAUGGAUGACGUCUACAGCCUCUUCUUUGCCAACAACAACUGGUACUUCUUCCUGCGUCUCCACCAGACUCUGUGCUCCCGACUCCUGAAGAUCUACCGCCAGGCGCAGAAGCAGCUCCUGGAGUAUAGGACCGAGAAGGAGAGGGAGAAGCUGCUCUGUGAGGGGCGCCGGGAGAAGGGCAAUGACCCCGCCAUGGAGCUGCGGCUCAAGCAGCCUAGUGAGGUGGAGCUGGAGGAGUACUACCCGGCCUUCCUGGAUAUGGUGCGCAGCCUGCUGGAUGGCAGCAUCGACCCCACACAGUAUGAGGACACGCUGCGUGAGAUGUUCACCAUCCACGCCUACGUCGGCUUCACCAUGGACAAGCUGGUGCAGAGCAUCGCGCGCCAGCUGCACCACCUCGUGAGCGAUGAUGUCUGUCUGAAGGUGGUGGAGCUCUACCUGAAUGAGAAGAAACGGGGUGCCGCUGGUGGGAAUCUGUCCUCCCGCUGCGUCCGCGCCGCCAGGGAGACCAGCUACCAGUGGAAGGCCGAGCGGUGCAUGGCUGACGAGAACUGCUUCAAGGUGAUGUUCCUCCAGCGCAAAGGGCAGGUGAUAAUGACCAUUGAGCUCCUGGACACUGAGGAAGCCCAGUCGGAGGACCCCGUGGAGGUCCAGCACCUGGCUCAGUACGUGGAGCAGUAUGUGGGGACCGAGGGUGCGUCCAGCUCACCCACUGAAGGCUUCCUCCUGAAGCCCGUGUUCCUGCAGAGGAACCUCAAGAAGUUCCGCAGGUGGCAGUGUGAGCAGGUGCGGGCCCUGCGAGGUGAGGCCAAGAGUUCCUGGAAGCGGCUGGUGGGGGUGGAGAGUGCCUGCAAUGUGGACUGCCGCUUCAAGCUCAGCUCCCACAAGAUGAUGUUCAUCGUGAACUCCGAGGACUACAUGUACCGCCGAGGCACCCUGUGCCGCGCCAAGCAGGUACAGCCCUUGGUCUUGCUGCGGCACCACCAGCACUUCGAGGAGUGGCACAGCCGCUGGCUGGAGGACAACGUGACUGUGGAGGCAGCCAGCUUGGUGCAGGACUGGCUGAUGGGCGAAGAGGAUGAGGACAUGGUGCCCUGCAAGACAAUCUGCGAGACGGCCCAUGUGCACGGCCUGCCUGUGACUCGCUACCGUGUGCAGUACAGCCGCCGCCCUGCGUCCCCCUGAGGCACCCGGGCAGCCAUCACAACACAGUUCGGUGCGGGUACUUCCUCAGCCCGGGUGUCAGUCGGGCACUUCCGUGAACUACCUGAGGGAAGGAGGGCACCCCCAGCCUUGC